AUGUGCAUUCAAAGCACGCUUUACGCCUCCUUGGCAAAAGGCGUCGAGUUGGCCGAGCAAGCAAAAAUCAGGGUACCACCAUGGGUUCAACCGCCCAAGAGGCCCAAGGACGGACAGGACUGGGUGUCACAUCUUCCCGACGACGGUGCGCUUCUUUCGCCAGCCGUGGAGGUCUUCCGCAGCGGCACCAACAACGGCUACGCAUUCCAGGAAAAGGCAGUCUGCCUCGAGGCGGUGGUGUCUGUGGCCAUGCCAAACUGCAAUGCCAAGAUGUCGGACAGCCCGGUGGAUGCGCAUCCAGACCAGGAGAAGUACGCCGAACAGCUUGCCGAUAAAUGGCGGGCGGUCAUGGCAGCGGCAUCAUCAAGACCCGAUGCGAACGUUCUGGUAGUUCCCGAUGCAGGCUGCGGCGUCUUCUUCAAUCCACCAGAGAAAGUUGGUCAAAGCUUUGGAAAGGUCUUGCGGGAUGAGUUUUCCGGACGCUUCGAAGGUGUUGUCAUCGCCUUCCCAGGAGGAAAAGCCGGCGAGGCUUUUGCAGCUGCAGCUGUCGAAGUCUUCGAAGAGAAAUUUGAGACAUUGCAGCCUCAGCGACUUUAG